GGAUAAGGAGUGCCCGGGCAGCCAAUGAGCGUUAUGAUUUAGCUUCAUUGCACCGGAACUUCCCAGUGGCACUGAUGGAAUAACAACAGCCAUAGAAGAUGGGUAGAGGUAGGGCGCUGCUUUCACUGACUUUGAUUAUAAAAGAUCGUGGUGGUACCUACUCGUCGUCUUUGACACCUUUGAUCUUCUGGAAACAUCAGUCAGUGCCGCCGGCCAACAACAUUUGACGUGUCCCGGCAAAACCAUUGGACUCAUCGCAGAGUAGAGUCAACGACAGUUUCAAACAUGUCCAAGACCAUGAUACCGGCGUUGUUCGCCGUCACGAUCCCCUUCCUCAUCUUAUCUAUCGUCUUUGCAUGCCUGAGGUUCUACUGCAAGCGACUGAAACAGGCGAAGUUCUUUGUAGACGACUAUCUGUUGAUCAUUUCUUGGUUUCUUUUGUUUGGUCAAACCGUCAUUAUCCUUUGGUCAACGCAAUAUGGGCUGGGAAUUCCUCCUGCCAAGCUCGACAUGAAGAAAGUUCCCACCUUGGUUGCCUGGACGCCCACGGCCCUGUUCCUGGCUCUCAACGCAGCAGGCCUGUCGAAGCUGUCCUUCUUCAUCACCUUGAUUCGAGUCUCUUCGAAGCGGUGGCAGAAAAUCGCUCUGUGGGUGGUGGCGAUUCACUCCACCAUCUUGGUGGUCGGCACAUCGGUCCUGGGAUUUGUCGAUUGUAAUUUCUAUCGGAGAACGGACCCGCUGCAUCACGACCAUUGCGUCCCCGAGAAGGUCGGCAAGAUCUUGGCUCUCACUGUCUUGAUGCACGGGGCUAUUGUUGAAUUCUGCUUAUCCUUCGUGCCCGCCAUGUUGCUGUGGAACUUGGAGAUGAAGCGGCGAGAAAAGAUCGGUCUCAUCUGCGCCAUGAGCCUAGGAUUCAUUUCCAGUAUCCUAGCAGCGCUCAAGACCAAAGACCAUUGGAAGGCCGUUUUCGGGGGUACGGGAAUGCCUAACACGUAUAUCCUAGGCCGCGAGGCAGUGUUUGGGAUCACAGAGGUGUGCAUGACCAUCAUUGCCGCCUGUAUCCCUUUCUUGCGCCCGUUGCUGCACAAGUUUGUGGACGGCAAAGGAAGGGUUCCUGAGAUGCCGUUGGCGCUGAAGAACAUGGCUGCAGACAGUAGUAGUAACGGUGCCUCUGACAUGGGGCAUCCGCACACUCGGCUCGGAAGCUCAAGCACCUUUACGACGACGACGAAACAUGGCGGCGCUCGAGAGGACGAUGUUGUUGCCAUCCUCGAGGCUGAAAGUGUGGCAGAACAUGACAGCCAGGACGCAGAGUCCAACGAAUCAGGAACUAUUGUUCGCAAGACGCACGUGAGCGUACAAUAUAGACCUAGAGAGGUAUACGAGGGGGAAUGCCGAGGUCAUUGUGACGCUGGUGUAUCUGGGCCAGGUGAAAACUGAUAUCAGGGGCAGUUUCAGUGGUGGGUGUUCAAGGAGGUCUAUCAAUGUAUGUCAGAUUCGUCUUUCAGUGCUUCCAACGUGUAAUCCGAGCGGCAGUUGGUCGUCUGUUUUGAAUCUGUCUGGGUAUAGACUUCCGAUCGGAUGGGGUUUGGUGAUGUGGUACGUUUUGCUCCCCAAUUCGGUUCCAGGCGCACACUGUAAGGUCGCCGUAGCAGCAGUGAGAGGAAGCUUAUCCCCGGCAGACAUUGAGAUGGGAAGGGGACGUGAGAUGCUUGUGAAGACAAGAUGGAAUGGGAUCGUCGCGAAUCUGGGGCCGCGGCGCGGGGUAAGAGUCUCGGGCUAUGCAGCCUUACCCCCUCGGGUUUCCCCAAUCGAGCCAAGUGUUGAAGCUAUUGGGAAGCAAAAUCCGGGGUAAUUCCCCACCUUUCCCCGGGUU